AGUAUUUUCUUCAACAUAGUUUCCGCUUUCUAGAACUGGAGUUUGCCCAAUUACCCUAUCAGUCCCCUCCCUCAUGAAGCCAUCAUUUUCGUCGAAAUUCGUCGCCGGAGUGGUAGCCUCGCCGGAACUCUACUGUUCCGCAACCUAGUAAUCAACGGACGUGAAGUGGUGAGCUCGAAGAAAUUUGGAGAUUGUUCGUUUAACGAGGAACCUCUGUUUUUAGACUGAGUUUCUAUGGAGGUACAUGCUUCUCCGCGUGGUACAUGCUGUGUUGAGUGAAUGAGACAAUACUACUUCGGACUAGAAGAAGAAUCAGAAUGAGCAAAGGUUUUUGGAUGACUAAGGGUCCUGGGCAUGAAAAUGAUGCAAAUUCAACUUUUGACAGCCCAUCAUUACUAGACGCUAAGCGGGCACAUCACUGGUUUAUAGAUGGUUGUGAGACACAGGUUUUCCCCAACAAGAAACAAGCAAUUCAAGCUUCGAAUAGUAAAAUGACCGGAGCGCUGUCAAAUGUGAAUGUUCUUCCUUGGGAUCAUCAUGCUGCUAAUUAUCAGUCUGUUUCACAUCAACUUAUCGGUCGCCUACUUGGACCUGAAUCAAUAAGGUCCGCUGACUUCGAUCUAACAAAAGCAUCUUCUGUAAUGUCUGAUAAUUUGGAUCUCAGGAGAAAAGGUAUUGAAGUUGAAGAACAAUAUGGAGAGGAUGCAUCUGUUGGGUUGUCUGUUUCUCAUGGUUUGGAGGACCCUGAAACAUGUCUUAGCUACGGAGGAAUUAGAAAAGUUAAAGUCAAUCAGAUUAAAGAUAAUAUACAUGAUUUGCAACCAUGUCUAAGAAGUAAUUCUAAUAGGGAAGAUGGUGGUCAACUUACCAUAGAAGGCUACUAUAAGGAUAUCGAAACGGGUCUUGUGUCUGUGGGAUCAGCCUAUAUUAAGGAGGAUGACAGUUUCAAUUUGAUGAAUCAAACCUCCAACGAUGGGGAUCGCCACAUUAGGUUUCUAGGUCAUAAUGGGAAGGUGGAUGACAAUGCUGUCUCCGUCGGUGAUGAUUAUGGUAAGCGGGAUUCCAAUAUAAUCUCAUUUGACGGAUUUCCCGAUGAGCAAGAUAUUAUCUCCUUAGGCAGGUCUCUGGGUAGCCAUGACUCAACAUUCUAUGAACCUUCAUUCCAAGCAACUGAAGCUGAUGGUGUCACAGAAUUGGAAUCAUCUAGUUUUGAUGUAGGUGUAAGCAGUACACAGAUAGCUAAGCAAAAGCCUGAUACGAUGCCGAAGAGUAGACCAGAAUACAAAAUGAGGAAAGAAGCUCCAAACAGCUUUCCUUCAAAUGUUAGAAGCUUGAUAUCAACUGGUAUGCUCGAUGGCGUUCCUGUUAAGUACGUUUCUGUAGCCAGAGAGGAGCUUCGUGGAAUUAUAAGGGGAUCUGGCUAUCUUUGUGGAUGCCAAUCUUGCAACUUUUCCAAGAUGCUUAAUGCCUACGAGUUUGAGCGUCACGCUGGCUGCAAAACAAAACACCCAAAUAAUCAUAUAUACUUCGAGAAUGGGAAGACGAUUUACCAAAUAGUACAAGAAUUAAGAAGCACCCCAGAGAGCUUGUUGUUUGAUACAAUUCAAACAAUAUUUGGUGCACCUAUCAAUCAGAAAUCUUUUCGGAUUUGGAAAGAAUCAUUUCAAGCAGCUACUCGUGAGCUUCAGCGCAUAUAUGGUAAGGAUGAACUUAACCUUUAGCAGGCUAGACUUCAUUGCAAGUUCUGUAAAUGCAAGACAAGAUUAGGUGGGUUCUGUGCAGAGAAUCAAAUUUUAGUUGCUAACUGAUUCAUGGUCUGUACGAUUUCAUGGAAGCUGAAAAUGAUUAUUGUCAGGAUGGUGGUUAAAAUUCAAGGCAAUCAAGUGUCAAGUACAGUGAACAAUGGGGGUUAGAAUUUAGAUUUUGCACCGUAUUUGGAGUGUUUGUGACCAUUUUAUUAUGGAAACUGCAUUCACGUUGUAAAUCUCUUAGCAUAAAAACCUUUCUAUACUUUCUGUUAACUGUGAAAUUGUGUAGCUUUAGAAGUGUAUGUAUUGGGGGUUUGACUUUUUAAGACAUGGAAAUUUAAGCCUUUUUGUUCUUGUUGUUUGUUUC